AACGGAAUUAUGCGUCAUGUCCGUCGCUGCAUAGAACAUUGGAGAAGGUUGGUUAGGGAGCUCGGUGUAAGCAGCACUAAGCUAGAUUUAGUUUAUUUGAUUGCUACGGUAUCAUUCCUUUCAGAACAUAUUUCAUAGCUUCAAAAUGAGUGACACCGAAAAAGAUUUUAAGAAGGAGGAUUCGAGAGGUCACUCGAGGAGUGCUUCCCCUCGGGGUUCUGCUAAAUCAACUAGCCACUCACCAGCACGCUCCAAAGAUGGUUCUCGUCAUUCGAGGUCCAGGUCUCGAUCCCGGUCAAGAUCAAAAUCUAGGUCUCGGUCUCAUCGCAGUUCACGCAGACGCUACUCCCGUUCUCGUUCCCAUUCCCGUCGUCGGCGUUCCAGAAGCCGAUCUCGUAGCUCAGACUACCGACGGCGCCAUAGGAGCCAUAGCCGUUCUCCGAUGUCAAAUCGCCGCAGACAUAUUGGCAACAGGGGGAACCCUGACCCCAGCAUCUGUCUUGGUGUGUUUGGUCUGAGCCUUUACACCACUGAGAGAGACCUGCGGGAAGUUUUCUCCAAGUACGGCCCACUGAGUGAAGUGAACAUAGUUUAUGACCAACAGUCUCGUCGCUCGAGAGGGUUUGCCUUUGUCUACUUUGAAAAUCCUGAGGAUUCCAAAGAAGCAAAGGAGCAAGCUAACGGAAUGGAACUGGAUGGGCGCAGGAUCCGAGUGGAUUAUUCCAUUACCAAACGAGCCCACACGCCAACACCUGGAAUCUACAUGGGACGUCCCACAUAUGGCGGAGGCGGCGGCGGUGGAGGUGGUGGCAGUGGUGGUGGCGGCGGCUCUCGUCGUGGCUCAAGAGAUUAUGACAGAGGGUAUGACAGGGGCUACGACAGAGGUUAUGAUAGAGGGUAUGAUCGGGACUAUGAUCGAUAUGAUGAUCGGGAGUACCGAUCAUACAGGCGCAGAUCUCCAUCUCCAUAUUACAGCAGGGGAUACCGAUCCAGAUCUCGAUCUUACUCACCACGUCACUACUGAGCCUCAAAGAUCAUCAGUGUUACUUUUCCCUGCUUUUGUUUUUUGUUUGUUGUUUUGGCCAGAUUUUGUACUUGGAAACACAAUUUUUGGACAUGUUCAUAUAUAAAACAUAUACAACUGUUUUCAUAAAAAUGGUACAUGUAGUCGCUCAAUGUCCCAGAAUAAAUUGUAGGAAAAGUGGAUCAUGUGAGAACUGAACAUUGUGUGGGGAAGCUGUGUCCCUUUCCUUUUAAAUAAAAAUGAGUCUUUUUCUUAACACAGUGGCAAACAGUAGUUUGUCAGGCAACCUGUUACCAUGUGUAAAAUAAACUGUGUUGAGUCUGGUUAAGAUUCACUGCUGAUUUUAUUUUUAUCCAAAUGCAUUUUUGUCAUUUUGUUUGAUUUUUUUUACAUAGAUCGACAGUCAUGGUCCUAGUUUGUCAUAUUCUACAUGCUGUUUGUUUUAUUUUACUUUUUGUAUACAAGUAAAUAAAGUCACUAGCUGUCAUUCCA